AUGAUACACAUGCUCGCGGUAAUCCUCUUGGGUGUCUUCUUCAUCUUCCCGGCAUGCGCGCGCUCGGAGAACCGCUUCCGCCGCCCGCCGGGCCCGGGUCCGGCAGGAGACUUCCGGGAUAACCCCGUCUACACCCUCGGCGACAACAUCGACUUGCAAUGGGAGACGGACCUCAAGAACAUCGACCUGAUUCUGUGGCAACAGCAGCCACCGGCGAACAUGAAGGGCCCAUAUGCCAAGCUAGCGAUCAAUUCCACAAUAAAGAGCCUGGUCUGGACUGUAGGCUACGCCGGUUUUCCCCCGACGCUUGACCCGGACAUGAGCCCGGUGUACUUCCUGCAACUCUUCAAGACGGGCCAGACAGGCAGUAGCGCCACGUCUCACUACUUCAACAUCACCCGAACCGACCGCACGUCUACAUCUUCAACAAGACCAUCUGCCUCGUUAAAAACAACACUUUCAUCCUCCACCCCAGCCCUCGCUCUCGGAUCAGCAACAGCAACAUCGACAUCAACCCCGUCAGUAUCCACGGCCGCCGCCGCCGCCGACGACGAGGACCAACUCUCAAGCAGCGCGGUCGCGGGCGUCGCCGUCGGGGCGACACUGGGGGCCCUGGGCCUCAUUGGAUUUCUCGCGUGGCUGAUCCGCAGACACCUGAAGAGGAGGAGGGAAAUGGCCGUCCACACGCAGGGCGACAUCCUCGUCUACGCCGAGCGGCAGCUCCACGAAAAGGACGCCGCCGCUGCCGCGGAGUGGAAGCUGGAGCUUCCCGCGCAGAGCCGCGAACGAUUUGAAUUGGAGGCGUGCGAGCCGAGGCACGAGAUGCCUGCUGAGCCUGUGGUCGGGAUGGAGAAUGGGAGCGUUGGCUUAGGUUCUGCUGGGCAGAGUCGGUAG